AUGUACAUUCUUGGCGUGGACUUCCAUGCUGAGUGGGUUCAGAAGAGCCAGAGGACUCGAGUUAAACCUCAGAAGAGGAGACAUUUCAGGGAAGGAGCCAGCACUCCAACCCCGGGACCCGAGCUGGGGCGGGAGGCGGGUGCAGAAUAUAAGAAACACCCCCGCGGACUAGUUUCUGAGCAGGAAAGUGGACCGGGAACAGCGCAUUUCCUGCUUCGCCUGUGCAAACCCCAGGCGGGGCCGAGCGGGAACAGGGUUACGGUCGAGGAGUCGCUGGCUGCCAGGGCGGGGUUCGGGGCGGCCUCGAGGGGGUCCGCGGACCAGGGCGAGAGGCCGAGGCGGGAUGCAGGCGGAGGGCGUGGGAGAGGGCGUGGGAGCAGAACGCACGCCUCCCUUCCUCGUGCCGAGAGCGCGUCCCCAAAGACACUCUCGGCCCCGCGGGAGAGGCGGGUGCCCCGAGGGGCAGCGUCGGACGCCAGAUGCGGGGUCCGCGGGGCUCCGACCCUCGGGGGACUCCCGGGCCGGAGCCGGCGACCGCGAUCUCUCAGGCCCUCCUUCCUCCCCACCUCUCCCAUGCCGCCCGCGACUUUGGACCUCGCAUCCCGGACCCGCGGGGGACCGGCGCGGGGACGGGAAGGAAACGCGCGAGAAACUUUCGCGCUGAUAGAAAGUCCUGCUUUGAGAUCUCUGAGAAGAUAUUACUUUGCAGCAAAGUUAGAGAAGAUCACCAAGAAAACAAGGAGCCAGGAGCUGCGUGAUAAACUUGUUCUCUCUACUUCUAUAGUUUCCUUAUCAGAUAACCAGCUGUAAUGCAGUCUUGCUUAAUUUUCAAGCCCAUAUUUUUCUUUUUCAGAAAAAUAAACUCUUAAAGGAAAAGUACAUAAUCAGUUAAAUGUGUUUAAGAUUAUCAACUGCUUCAAAACCACCAAUUAAAAAUAACACCUCUCUAUUAUUUCCUUAAGCAGAUUACUUUUUUAAUUCUUGUCUGAACCUCAGCGACCCAGGAACUAGAACCACUUUCUGGCCGCUGAAGGUGAGGGAGGGCAGCCAACAUCACAGAUCCUCACGGAGUUCAAGCUGGCUUAAAACAAGUGUGCAGAAGUUCUUUGGAGAAAUAGCAAAGUCAGAGAAACCGAAGGCCAAGUGUUUUCAAAGUUUCUGUUUCUUUGUUUUUAUGAAUGCCACUAACAAGCGGACUUGAUAGAUUACUUGUCCCUGUAAUAUCACACUAGAAGCUGCAGCACUUACCUCCCAGAUCCCGGCUGUAAGCCCUAGUUUUUCAUCACCCCUUCACAGUAAACAAAGUCUGUUGUAGAGAUUGAUAUAUUGGUUUCUUUGCAAAGUUAUCUAAUUAUGCAGGAAUGGCCGUGUUCGUUGCUGUAGAAAACAACGCAAUACACAAACAAGUACACGAAUACAGCAGCUUUGCUUAAAGGUUAAGAGCUCCAAGUCUGAGGGCAGACUACUGGAGAUGAAUUCCACUUGCUGUGAUCUCGGACAAGGUCCUUAACCUCUCCGUGCCCCAGUUUCCUCUCCUGUAAGAUAUAAUAGCCUCUACCUCAUAGGGUUAUAAGGAUAAACUAGUUUGCUGACGUUUGGAGGGAUGGUGUGCUGUAUAUAAGAGCAAUAAGGGCUUGUUUACAAAUCCCACUCAGAAGGUUUCUCAGAUUGAUACAGAAGUUUAACGGUCAUUCAGAUUUUCAUUGCAGUCUAGAGAAACAUAGAGGAAUCCCCCAGUCAUCUGUGAGGGUCACCACCUCAAGCUGACCCUCCAAGCUACAGUUAUUUCGCUCCUCAGGAGUUGCUUUCUUUCCUCGAAUCGGCAGGCAUUUAGAUAAAUAUCACUGCUGUCUUUACCACAUUUUAGAAAUCAAAACUAAGCCUUGCCUCUUUUACUGAACACAUAUGAGAAAACUUUAUUUACUGUACAUUUCACGUACAAAUUGUCAAGGGUUGGUUCGUCUUUUUUGGGUAAACGUUUUCAUUUCUUCGGAAUGACGUUUGUAAUCUUGUUUUAGAAAGUAGAAUUUACCUCGGACAUAGCAUUUUGAGUAUAGUACAACAAGCACGUUGAGUCCUUGGAAGAGAAAGUAUGUUGCAAUUUGAAGGCGUCCGUAGGUCUCUCAGAAGAAGGCUAGGUCACCCACCGCUGAAACACCCUCAGCUCCUGGUUUAGUGGAUGCUUCGUGUGUUGAUCCGAACUGCCGGGACCAAGUGCUUCUGUGCAGCAGUGCGAUCAGCACCCGGGAAAGUUUUUCCGAAGUCCCUCUUCCCGGGUCGGAGAGGACGUGGCGCCUAAGCCCGGCUCCAGCCAGUUUUCCCGGGGGCAGG